GUUCUGUCAUGCGUUGUGACACUGAGUGAGGCUCGAAUAAAACAUCCUACGAUACUCAUCAAAAUGUCACAUUGCCCCUGCGCACAUCACGAACAGAUUCAGGCUAGGCCGCAAGUCUACCCUUCGCUGUUGUGCUGGUCGCCGUCCGUCAUCUAUGUAAGAGCAUCAGCUGCUACUACCAGUGCCGGAGAGACAAGAGUUACCAGCCUCCACUGCUACAACACAGCAGACACCUGUGUGUGACAUGGAGGCAACAAGAACCUACACCUCCCUGUUCCUUCUGAUUGUGGUGAUUACAUCAACCACCGCCUCCACGACUACCACCACUAGAGAACCAAGGAGGAGGCCAGACUGCAGUUCUUUUGAGGAGUUCCAGUGUGAUGAAGGUUCCUGUGUUCUACAGACUGCUAGGUGUGAUGGUAUUCUUCAAUGCCCAGAUUCCUCUGAUGAGAAUAAUUGUCCAGCAGGAUGCUCUUCUGAUGAGUUCCACUGUGGAGAUGAUUCCUGUGUUCCACAAACUGUUAAGUGUGAUGGUCAUGCUGACUGCCGAGAUUCUUCAGAUGAGAAAGAUUGUCUAGCAGAUGGUGAUAUUGAGCUGCAGGUGAUGGUGGAUGGUGGAGGAACAGACAUAGAAGAGAAGGAUGGGUGGGUGUCAGUAACAGCGGAGGGAUUGCAUCAGGUCUCCCUCACCUGUACUGCACGCCUCUUUCCUACAGGAACCACAAUCUCAUUGCAGUCUUCUGUGUCCUGGAGGAAGGAUGAUGAUUACCUUCAACACAACUCCAGCACUGUAGCACCUGCAAAAAUCUUCUCGUUAUACUUCUGUCAAGGAACCUACUGGUGUGAGGUGAGGCGACCCAACUCCACAGCCCACUAUGUCAGCAACAAAGUGCUGCUGACAUUGGAAGGACAGGAGGUACUUAUACUGCACCUUCAUGAGCACUACAAACCACCACACGAACCAAUCACCUCCCAUGCCUUGGAGCGUAAGGUGCAUGAAGGAUUCUUAGACUUGCUGCAAGAUGUCAGAUACUUCACUAAUGUAGUUUCUCUCAAUACACACAAUUCAACAUCUAACACUUUUGUAACCUCUAGGGUUCAAAUUCACUUUUCUUCCAACACCAGUGCCUUUGAAGAGCUGUUGGAAAUGCUGCACAGCGAGCACAGAAUUAAGGCAUUUUUGGAAAGGGUAGGAUUCCUGUCUUCCUCGAUGGCAUCCCUUUCCACAUGGUGCACAAAGCGAACAGCCAUCCUUCCCUACAGGAAUUCUGUCACAUGGCCAUUCUCAGAGGUGGGAAAGGUACAGCCACUCCACUAUCGGUGUGAGGAUGCACAUGGCAACUUGGUAGUGGGCCAUUGUCGCUGGAACUACACACAUGGGGCUGCUAUUCACUUUGACCAUCACAAAUGCAAACGAUUUGAUUUCUGUCCACGAGAGUACACGGGACUUGCUGGUGCCUAUUGUGUGUCACGUACAUCUGCUAGCACGUGGGAUGAAGGUUUCCAUGCAGCAUAUACAAGCAGGCACACUAUGAGCCUUCUGGACACUCCCCAGGUCUUGUAUGACAAAGAUUUUGAUGAGCCACUGUCCCUCUACCAGGAAGUCCAGCAAUGGCUGGAGGAUGAUGGAGGAAGCAGCCAGCUGUGGCUUCCUGCUAAAAGACUUGCAUCCUUUGCCCCCUUAGUAAUUCUGAGUCCCAACUUUAUACCUAGAUAUGAGGAUUCCUCAAACUCCAGUGGAUGGCUGCAUAUGUACAACGUAUCAUGGGCAGCAGGACAGCCGUCUGCAGAGCAGGACUGUCUUGCUUUAGACACAAAGAACUCCACUAUGCUAACCCUCCCCUGUGAUAAUGCACUGCCUUUCCUUACUAUCCUUUAUAUGCAUAAAUUGUUUGAGGUUCCAAACUGGGCAUGGGAAGAAAUCACACCAGGCCUAAUCACCACUGACAAUUUGAUGCGUCCUGGCUGGUUAUCAAGUGAAUACCCAGGUGGCCAGGAAGUCUGCUUUAUGGUGUGCCAAAAUGAAGUUGGUCUGCAGUGGAAUGAAGCAAUGAAGCUGUGUGAGGAGAAGGGUGCCCAGCUCCCAGAUCCCAGCAAUGGUUUUCUUGACUGGGCCCUCAGGCAAUACAUGUUUAUGUUCAAUAAAUCAACCUGGAUCAGAUUCCCACAUCAUGAAUCAAACAAGACAGAGGGAAGAAUAGGCACCUUUCUGAACUGGAAAGCUGAAACUGACCACUCACUCCCCUAUCCUGCACUCACGGCCUCAGGCUGGACACGGCACGACAGAGAGGUCACCAAGACGCAUGUCAUGUGUCAGAAGAACAUAUUGGUGCCAAAGAGGAACAUUCAAGUCUUUGAGUCAGGUAGUGUCCAUGUGGCAGUGCAACCACAAACUGCAACUUUGCCACAAUGUUAUGUCAAUGGCCACUGGAAACCCUUGAUAGAACCCUCUGUGUAUGAUGAGACAGGUUCUGGAAUUGGUUUCCCGACGUACAUUGAUGAUGUUGACUAUGGCAGUGGGGAUGGAGAACCAGAUCUUUCCACCUCUUUUGAAAUGAUAGUAAAUAGCACCAAUCAAGGUUAUUACAUGUGCUGUUUGUGGAUGGACUCUCCCCCCUACCUCCUCAUAUCCAACACGCUACUCUAUAGACAAGCUAACACUGUGACUUUUGCCAUUGUUCUCUCUUGCCAAAGCUUGUACAUCCCAGAAUUGCAUGAUGCUGCCAUGAACCCCAAGGCCUUCUCUCCUGAUGAGCCCUGCAUGGUCAACUUCCUAAAACUGGUUCAAAAGGAAGUGGUACAGUUAUAUGAAAACUAUUAUGUCACCACAGAUAACUUUUACUUUUCCCCCCAGGUCCAAACAAAUAAGCUUCUCCUUCAUUUUCAUCUCCAAUUUGAAUCCCCACAUUUCGGAUACAAUCCAGAAUCAAUGGAGAGCAAAACCUACAAGAUAAUCACCACUGCAUUCAGUCAGCUUCCGAAUGUGGUCUGCCAAGCUGUGAGUGCCAGAAGCACUGUGGGCUGUUAUAAGGAAACACAGGGGAACUUGACAUGGCCAACAACUAUGGGAGCAAAGGUGGUGCUCCCCAGUGAGUUAUGCAUUACAGAAGAAGGCAACCCUGUCAAUCGUGAGUGUCAUGGAGAUUUUAUCAGCGGUUACCAUUGGGGGAACAAGUCUGGGGAAUGCACUAAUCAGGUGUCUGAUAAGACACAACAGUUGUGGUCCAUCAACCAAAAUAGCUCUCCCUCUGAUCCUGCCUUACUUGCCAAGCUGACGGACCACGGACACACCCUCAAUGGUGCCGAUGUAUAUUUCACAGCCAAAAAGAUGCAGUCUAUCUCCAGUAAAUCAUCAUUGACACCAAGUGAUCUGGAACAUAUUGUAGAAACAUUCAACAAUGUGAUGAAGGGAGACAGCAAGGUGAUCCAGCAGAUGCAGGAUGUCUUCAACACAUCCAAUACUCUACUGCAGGCACUUGAAACCAUCAGCUUCAAAGUGCCCCUUGAUGGCAGGAAAGAAGAGGUGCUGCAUGACAGCAGACUUGUGUCUGUGGCAAGGGUGAGUCUGACACCCAACUCAUCCAUUAUUGGAUUUCACUCCUGGGAGAUAAGUGAGGAGGAAGAGGAUGAGAGUGUAAUAAAAAAAGAAAACAGGGGUGAUUGGCAGCGCAGCCAAGUAGCUCUUAUUCUACCAGACAACUUAACACAGCAAGUGGCAGGGGACAGCAUGUAUGUGCAAAUAAUGUUUGCUCUCUAUCGCAACUCAAAAUUAUUUUAUGACAACAGUUCCUUCCCUAACUACACUGUGGACAACCACAUCAUUCAGGCAACAUACAGUGGCCGCACCAUCACCAACCUAAAGCAGCCUGUCCAGAUCUACUUCAAGACAAGAAACACCAAAUGUAAUUCCAAAUGUGUCUUCUGGAAUUUCACGAAGAACAAAGGGCAUGGCGGCUGGUCGACGAAGGGUUGCUUGAAUAAGGGCUGCCAUGGGGACCACGUCCUCUGCCUAUGUGACCAUUUGACAAGCUUUUCAUACCUUGUCAGCUUUGAUGAGGAAAGCCUUGGGGACAUACAUGAGGCUAUCCUGGACACCAUCAGUGUUAUUGGAUGUGUACUCUCCAUCAUUGGCUUGCUGAUGGUGUUAGUUACUUUCUUCCUCUUUAAGAAGUGGCGGCACCGCCUUGGCAACCAAAUCCUUGUGAGCCUUGCCUUUGCUAUAAUGAGCAGCCUCAUUGUGUUCCUUGCUGGCAUCCAGCAGACCUCGAUCCCCACAGCAUGCCGUAUUGUGGCAGUGGCUCUCCAUUAUUUCAUCUUGGUCUCCUUUGGCUGGAUGCUGGUAGAGGCAGUACAUCAGUACCUCAGGCUGGUGAAGGUGCUUGGUACGUAUAUCCCAAGGUUCAUGAAGAAGGCUUCCAUGUGUGCAUGGGGAAUACCUUUGGUGCCCAUCAUCAUCGUGUUGGCAUACGACCCCUCCCUCUAUGACAGUGAUCGGUAUGCAGAGAACAUGAUCUGCUGGAUGUCAAGUACAGCAUUCAAUUAUGCCUUCCUCCCUCCCCUCACUGCUAUUAUGGCCACCAAUCUGGUGCUCUUCGGGCUCAUCAUCCACAGCACAACAUGUGGCCGUCAGCACAUCCCCAGCACCCAGUCUGAGCAGCAGUUGCGCAUCAUUCAGCUACGGAUGGCCAUUAGUGUGUUCUCUCUCCUGGGAUUCACAUGGCUGUUUGGGCUGCUCACCUUCUGGCACCCAAACCUGGUGUUCUCAUACCUGUUCUGCUUCACCAACACUACACAAGGCUUUUUCAUUUUCUUCUUCCAUGUGUUCCGGGACCGUGAUGCCCGAAAACUGUGGCAGGACUGGUUAUCCAAGAUUGGAAGUGACUUGAAUGCUUCACAAAACUCCACAUCACUAGCCACACCCAAGACUUCCGAAGUUCCUCAGAGCUCCUCAGCAACAGCUGAACUGUAGGGAGCUUUGAGCGUAGUAAAGAAAACUCUACAAAAUCUCAACAUUCUCCUCCUUUUGAAUGUACUCUGAAAAGAUGUAGUGUGCUCAUGGCAAAGGUGAACAUGUUAUAACUGUGGUGACAGGAUAAGUCAAGGCUCACCAAAAUCCAGUCAUAUCUCAGUGAUUACUUAUGGCCUAACUAGUAACAUGUUACUCAUUUCUGAAAGCAUUAGCAGAACUGCAGGGGGCACAGGAUAGCAUGUGUCUCCACAAGUGCCCCCCAAUUUCAGGGCAGUGUCCCACUUUGAAUAACUAACAACUUGGUAACAUACUAAUAAAAAGAAUAUUAAGUAGUGUUAAAAAAUUCACACUCAUGAAUGUGCCUACAGCAACAUGAUGGAAAAAAUGUGGAUAGGGUAACAGACAUUUAACUAACAUCUAUUUAAUAUAAGAUUAACAUGCACAUAGCAUGGUUGUUGUUCAAUUAUAAUCCAAAGUCAAAAAUACAGUCUGAAUGCUUACAUUUUGCUGGCACGAGAUCUAGUCUGCUACAUGUACAAGCACAACAGCUGAGGCAGGAUUGUAAGUGUGAUCUUUGUUGAUUGCCUUUUUUAUACUGCAGUUCUUAUAUAUGGUCAUCAAUAUAGGUUUAGUAAAAUAUAUGUUUAGUAAAAUCGUUAUAAUAUUACUAAUGCUCGAUAAGUUAGAAGGUCCUAAUUUAGCACAUCAUGGCUAUAAUGAACAGUUGAUCCCAUGCAUGUGUGAGUAAUGGGUACUGGACCUGACUAAGUGGGAUUCUCAGUAUGUUUAGGACAAGUGAAAAAUAUGAAUAUGCUCUUAAUGGGUUCAUGAGUGAUAAAUAAGCAUAUAACUCCCUAAAAUGAGGGUGUACUGUGGGUAGUAGGCUGCAGUCUAUUGUGUGCAAGUGUUUUAGCCUGUACAGUCUUUUAAGUUUUUUUCUUUUCUUUGAAGUAUAGCUACAUAGCCAGUAUUACAUAUUUCUAAGUUGUGACCCUUGAUAGGGAGAAAAUAGCAGAAAAUAGGCAGGAAUUAGUGAUUGUCAUGGGUGAAAUGAAUGGCCAUAUAGAGAUCCUAGGUGAGCAGGUAAAUAGAAAUUAUAUCUUACUGUUAGUGUAGCCGCACCGGCUGGGCACCAAUUGGCUCUCAGGUGAUCUGUUUUACUGAUCACACCCAUCAUCGUAGGGUCGAGGAAAGGCAGUUCUCCCUGACAUGUUUAUUGAUGAGAUAGGCAUGACCGUAAGAACUGCGAACAAGUUCUCGGUCUCAAUUUCUUACAAAAUAACAUUAUACACGGAUAUUAAACACUUUCAACAUAUUACAAUAUUCAUUAACAAUACAUGCAAUUAACUUGGCACUAUGACAAUCAGUUUUUACUACAAAAUUAAAGUAUUUACCUCGGUCACCAUCCUGCCCGUCUUUGUCUGAGCGCGACUUGGCCGUGAGUGAUGCCCGCAGGCGACUAGCAGGUUAACCCCACACUACCAACAAGUGAACAUCGGCUUCGGUGCUUAAUAUAGAAUUGAAUACUGAUACUUACACAUAUUACACGUUUUCAUGCAAAUAGAAAACUAUUGAACAUUUCACUUAUAAAUGCCGAGGAAUAAUGACGUGAGGUACAUACACUUUACGUACAGUAACAGUUAGACUUUGCUUUAGAUAAGGAACUAUAAAUACUGAAUGUAACAGUAAGUGAAGGUAGGAUAACCUGGGCAGAGAGAGGGAGUCAGCUAUAGAUUACGUACAUGUUGGUAAACGAGAGGAGAAUGGUUAGAAAUGAGGAAGGUGUCAAAGAUAUUGUUAAUGGCCAUAAUGUGUUAGUACUAAAUUGUAUCUGCCAUAACCAGGGAGAAGGGAGGGAAAGCAGAAACAUGAGAGGAGACUGAAAGAACUUUAGAAGAUAUUUAGAAUCUGUGGAAUGGGAUGGGAUGGACAGGGGAGUGGAUGAACCUAAUGACAGGGUAUGGUCUGUAAUAGAUGAGGUGGCCAGAAGAAAGAUAAGAAAAUGAAAGAGGGGAAGUGGUAGGAAGCCAGGUAAGAGGUGGUGGAAUGAAAGCAUUAAUAAUUCUAUCUUAUUUAGUUACCAUGAAUAUUGAUAAAUCUUGAAUGUUUGUUGUAUAAUAUUUACAGCAAAAGUAUAUCUUAUCAUCCAUUGUUAUUAGUAUUAGCCAGAUUACUACUAUUUGUCUUCAAAACUUCUUGUUUUAUUUUAAUAUAUAUAUAUAUAUAUAUAUAUAUAUAUAUAUAUAUAUAUAUAUAUAUAUAUAUAUAUAUAUAUAUAUAUAUAUAUAUAUAUAUAUAUAUAUAUAUAUAUAUAUAUAUAUUAAUAUGGUGCCCCAUCAGUGCAACCCCCCUCCCCCCCUUUGCAUCCCUUGUUCCGUCACAGUCUGUAAGUACACACCUUGAAUGGCCUACCAGGAUUCAGUCUCUGAUGACAAUCUCACACAGACAAUUUAUCUCACCUUCAGAUCAGCUUCCCAAGUGUUGGCAUCAUGAUGAAGCUCAAAAGGUGAGCACGACAUAACUAUGAAGGAUGCCACAGAAAUUAAGGUGAUAUGUUGUAUUGCUCCUACAGCACUCAAGAGGUGACAUCAUCUAUAAGAAUAAACUCUAAAAGUACAGAUGAUCAGACCCUUAUAAAACCAAGAGCUCUGUCAACAACCAGAACAAAAAAAAAGUAAUGGAAGCCAGUUGUGAGGCUUUGCCUUUGUAAUGGUGCCAUUGGUUCUUCAUGAGUCCCAUGCCACUAUAAUUCCUUGGCAGUGUGCAACUAGUGCACUGCUGUCAUGCUGUGAAUCAUCUUGUCAUAGCCUCAUUUUAAAAUUCCUGUUUCCAUUGAAUCUCAUCUAAUUUUCUACUUAUAACUGCUUAAACCAUCAAUUACCAGAUGAGAUUCCUAAUACUAAGCUUUCCAGGGCUUCUUCUGAAAUCUGGCAAAGUGGGCAUUUUAUAUCUUGGUGUGUAUAGCCCCUCACUACAAUAUUUGUUAGUGCUGUAAGAAGUAUGUUUCCAUACUAUUACUACUAAUGUACAGUGUUCACAUUUUAUUAUUGUUUUCUAUGGAGCAUUCUGUCACAAUGCUCAGAGAUAUCACAUAUUUCUCAGUUGCAUCUUCAAAACUUUUUACUUAUUCUGAAUAGUAUACUGUAAGGUUAGUCUCUAGAAAUAGCACCUUUGAUGCUCAAUACAUUUUAAGCACAGCUUUAUCUCAUUGCUCAAUUUCUGCUUUGUUCUCAUCGUGGUGAAAGAAUUCUUUUCUAGUUUACGAGUAUUACUAUGACUUGGUGGUGGGCACCUUUUUUAGUUAGCGGUGGCCACCACCAUCCUCAAUAUAUACCUAUUAUAUGUUUAUCUGUACCAGGUCAGUGCUGAGUGCAUCUCUAAUGUCACUGUGAGAGACCUGCUCAUUAACACUGAGUGGCUGUCACACAAUGUCAAACCAAAGUUGCAAAUACAUUACUUAAUGGUA